CUAAUGUUAUGAUGUUUCAACACAUGAUUCAAGUUAACAGAUUGCCAUUUGAUGAAUAUUUGGAUAAUCCUGAACAAGAUAUUGAAUUUAUCAAAGAACUAAUGACAGGAAAAAUGGGACCACAAGCUGCACUGCGUGAAGAUAAAGUGUUCCUUUAUGAGAUAGUGGUGAACAGAAUGAGUGGUUUGGACGUAAACAGAAUGGAUUAUACAAUGAGAGAUUCAGUUGUCUUGGGAAAGAGGAUUAAUUUCAAGUGGAGAAAAUUUCUGGAUAAAAUACAUGUUGAAGUGUGUUCUGAUGGAAAGAGACACAUUUGUGUUAUUGAAGAAGAUUUAGACACAUACAACAGAUUUUUUACUGAUCGUCAUAUUCUUUUUAAAGAAUUAUAUUUUGAAAGGAAAAACAGAAUUGUUGCUACAAUGAUCAAUCGAAUUCUGAUAAAAUGUGGAGAAGCUGAACUUAUUAAAGGAUCUGAUGGAAAAAAAUUGUCUCUUAUUGAUGCCAUAAAAAGCAUGGAUACUUACUGUAGUCUUAAUGACACAAUCAUUGGAAUAAUAAAAAAUGCAGAUAUCAAUCCAGAGGUAGAAAAAUUGAUACAAUUUCUUGAAAAUUCAAUGCUUUUCAUACCAAUUGGCUAUUUUAAAAUUUGUCACUUACCAAGAGGUACACAACAAAUGAAAGAAGAAAUUGCAGCAUAUGAAGAUGGACUUAGUGAAGAUGACAUAAUUGUUGAUGUAUGGCAAUUGAACUUAACAAAUAAUGAAUAUUUCUACUGUCUAUAG